CAGCCACCGGAGGGCCCUCCCUGUCCUGUUUGACCAGCAACCACCACCAGCACCCACUCAGUCACAAUGGCGUCUGCCGAGGUGUCCCCCCUGACGGCCCCCGACUCGUUUGUCAAGACGAUGCCGUCCAUCGACCCAUCGCUGCCGAUGAACGACCUCAUGGUGGCGUCGGUGGACCCCAUCAACGGGUACAUCCUGGAGAAGUUCGGCGGGACGGCCAAGGUGGUGUGUCAGAUGUCCGACACCAAGGGCCGCAUCAUCGUCUCCAACUGCCACAUCUCAAAGGGCGAGGUCAUCUUCGUCGAAACCCCACUGCACGCCGUCCAGGAGGACAGGAACAACGAGGCCUACAAGCUCGUCCAGAAGCUGCAGCGCAAGGGCGAGUGGGACUUUGAGCCCCUCUGGUACUGGUGCGCACUCAAGUCGGCACUCCUCACCAACACCGCCGAGCAGCAGCAGCAGUCGUCACCCAAGAGCAAGACGGCCAAGGCACAGCCAUCGGGGGCCAAGGGCGGCAAGGUCGGCAGUGGUGGUGGUGGUGCAGCAGCUGCGGCAACUGUGCCCAAGGCGGGCAAGGGUGCCACCGGUGGUGUGAACGGUGUGCCGUGGAGCACGACGCUGCUCAAGAGCCAUAUCACGCGCAUUUUGCCGAAGAUGCAGGAGCGGCUGCUGAUGCUUUUCGCACCGGACAAGGUGGCCCCGUCUCGGGCCGUCAAGAAGCUCGUGACGGCCUUCGACCUGGCUGGCGAGGUCAACGAGGCCAAGCUCGAGAAACUACUGCAGGUCAGCAACACAACACAAGACAACACACCUGCACACCUGUGUAUGUGUAUAUGCAUCAGGUGUGGAUCCACAACUGUUUCGAGCACGAGGACGAUCCCGUGGGGUACGCCGUGUUCUUCCUGCCGUCGUUCCUCAGCCACGCGUGCGACCCCAACGCCGUGUGGCACUACGACGAGGCGUCGCGCUUCGUGCUGCGGGCGCGGCAGGACAUCCGGCCGGGCGACGAGGUGUGCGUGUCGUACGUCAGCGAGGAGGGGCUGUUCGAGCCCUCACACCUGCGGCGGUUCAUGCUGCACAAGACCAAGGGAUUCAUCUGUCUCUGCCCCCGAUGCACCGCACCAUACGACAAGUCGCGGGGCUUCGUCUGCCCGCGGUGCCGCAAGGGCACCGUGUUCCUCACGCCCAACGACUCCCUCAUCAAGGACCUGCAGCAGGCAUCCGCAUUCAUCGACCACCACCAGAAGCCCCAAGGCAAGGACGGCAAGGACGACAAGUCAGCCGCACCGCCACCGCCAGCAGCAGCAGCAUCGGCGGCGGCCAGCUCGUCCGACCCACCCGCCCCCACACCACAAUCACACACCACCUCCCCGUCGGCCAUCCGCGCGUACGUGUGCACGUCUUGCGGUGCUCACAUAGACAAUUUGGCGAAGCAUGCGAUGCUCAAGCAGGAGCGGCACUGGGUGAGCCAGCUGCGGCGGAUGAGCGGUGAGGAGGAUGAGUUUCAGGACGACCACCGCGACCAGGAGAUCCUGUGGCGUCAGAAGCACGGCAAGGCGGCCCCCCUGCCGCCACACAUCACCGUCCCGCUGCUCAACCAGGAGAACAUGAAGGAGCACCUCGAGGCCGCCGAGCGGGAGGAGCAGAAGGACCUCGACGAGGGGGAGCCCGAGGGCGACGACAAGUACGCCGGGCUGGUGACGCUGCCCAUGGAUCUGCAGGGGAGGAUGGACAAGGAGGUCAAGGCCAUCUUCACACAGCACUGGGCCGCCAUGAAGUGGCACGGGCUCCUCCACGACUUCUCCGUCAUGAAGCGCCACAAGGACUACGUCGCCGCCGUCGACCACAUGCGCGCCCGCCUGGACCUGCAGUACAAGAUGUUCGACGGCGACGCGGGCAGCGUCGGUUGGGCCCUGGAGGAGCUCUCCACCACCCUGCUGCGCAAGGGGGGGUAUGGGGGCACGGGCAAGCCGUCGCGCAACACACGCUACGCCCGUCCGAGCGGCAACGAGCGCGAGGAAUCGCUGCAGGUGCUGACGGAGGCCUACGCCAUCAUGUCGCGGCUGUUCGGUCAGGAGCACGAGUACACCGAGCGCAUCACACAGAGGAGGGACAUGGUCCAGGCUGCCGUCAGGUCAGUCACCACAUGCACUGCACAGGGUGGGGGACGGGAAGCCAUGCCAUGUGUGGCUCUAUGCCUCUCUCUCUCUCUCUCUGUGUGUGUGUGUGUGUGUGUGUGUGUGAUGUCAGGAAAUCAGCGUUGAGCGCGUCGCUAUCGUUGGGUGCUGGGAAGGGGGGCAGCAGCGCCGCCGAGGCCACCAACCAGAAGAAACGACCCGCCGAGUGAACAACAACACAACACACCGCGGCGAUGCAUGAAUGCAUAAAUGCCUGAGUGGAUGGAUGGAUGGCGAUCGGUCACAGAGCGACAGACACAGAGAGUGUAUGGUGUGUAUGAUUUGCUGCAUGCCUGCCUGCCUUCUUUUCUGGCUGC